GCCGCAAACUACGUCGACAAUGUCGUAACGUCGGUGCGAUCUAUGUUGCUAAAGGAAGAGAGUGAUCGAUAAACAAACUUGUGCCAUCACAAGUGCUUGUAAACAAUCCCCGACAUGUAUCCACACAGGCGUGUUAUGCUGAAUGAACCUCGUUAUGAAGGAUAUGAAAGAACCGUCUGAGGACAGAACAUGAGCACCAAAACUAACGAUGACAUCAUACAACACCGAAGUGGGACAUUCUGUUAUGGUGGAGGUUAGUCCAGACAUCCAUAUCUGUGGCUUCUGCAAGCAGCAGUACAAUAACUUUGAAGUAUUCCUCGCCCACAAGCAAAAUGGCUGUUCGCUACAAACCUCUGACAUAUCUACCUCUACUGCAACUCCUGCAAUCACAGAUUCCAGCGCAGAGUUUGUUUACGAGGAAACCUACCAGACGUGUGUUAUGAGGGGUGUCAAAAAGAUCCUGUCCAAAGCACAAAAAAACCCUUCCAAAAAACUAAAACCUGCGCUGACUUCAAAGAGACACAGCUGCUGUUUCUCAGGUUGCACCUUUAAGACCCAGUAUGGCCAAAAGGACAUGGAGCGCCAUCUCAAAACACAUACAGGCGAGAAGCCGUUUGAGUGUGAGCUGUGCCACAAGCGCUUCAGCCGGCGCGACAAACUCAACAUGCACAGCCGCUCGCACACGGGGGAGAAGCCGCACAAGUGCAAACACUGUCCGUACGCGGCGGCCGACAGCAGCAGUCUGAAGAAGCACCUCCGCAUCCACUACGACGAGCGGCCCUUCAAGUGCCAGAUCUGCCCCUACGCCAGCCGCAACUCCAGCCAGCUCACGGUCCACCUCCGCUCCCACACUGGGGACGCGCCUUUCCAGUGCCAACAGUGCGACGCCAAGUUCAAGAUCAACUCAGACCUGAAAAGGCACGUUCGCGUUCACUCGGGCGAGAAGCCCUACAAGUGUGACUUUUGUGAAUACCGCUGUGCGAUGAAGGGCAACCUGAAGUCGCACAUCCAGAUCAAGCACGGCUCCCAGAACUCCUUCCAAUGCCCACACUGUGACUUCCAGUGUGCCAACAAGACGGCCCUGCGGCAGCACUCCCGGGAGCACCUGCCCCUCCAGCCCGUUAAGUGUUCCAAGUGCACUUACUCGUGCUCCAGCAAGGGGGCGCUCAAGGUCCACGAGAGAGUUCACUCCGAGGAGCGACCCUUCAAAUGUGACUUUUGCAGCUUUGCGUCCAAGCAGCGCAGUAACCUGGUCAUCCACAAGAAGAAGUGCCACUCGGAUAAGCCCGGCAAAGGGUGCAGUGUUGGCGGCAAAUCCGGCACCGCGGGAGCGAAGAGCGUGGACUGGGACGUCCCCAGGCCGGCCAGCUCGCGCUACCGCGCCAAACUGGACGCGGCGCGGGCCUUCCGCUGCGACGUAUGCAACGCCUCUUUCGUCCGGGAAGACUCCCUGCGCAGUCACAGGAAGCAGCACCGAGGGACCCACAAUGCACUGCAGCUGCACCUCUCCUGUCAGCCCGGCGGCGGGGCCGUCGGCCCGGAGCAGGGCGACGCCCGCCUCCAGCUCCCGCUGCCCUCCGAGCCGCUGGGUCAGUACGGCAGCGCCCAGCUGAAGAUCAUCGUGUCCCACCCCCUGGGCCCGGAGGACGCCCUGAUGCAGGCGGUGGCGGCGGACGGUCACCACCAGGCCAAGGCCAACAUGCUGCUGCUGGGCCCCGACGGACAGGACAUGGCGGUGAACUCCAUGAUCCAGCAGGUCAACCUGCUAACCCCCGUGCAGCCGUCGACCCUCGGCGGGCCCGCCUCCUCUCACUACGGGGGCGGGGGGACGGUCCUCCUGACCCAGCUGGGCCCGGGGGAAGCCGGGGGCCACGUGCUGCACCAGGCGCUGCUGCAGACCGGCGGCGGCGGCGGCGGCGUGGCGCAGGGUCCCGGCGCCAACGCCACACAGACCUUCUUGGCGACCUGCUCGGACAUCGAGAGCCUCAGCGCGCUCAUCCAGGAGGGGGGCACCGAGGUCACCGUGGUGACGGAAGGCAUCGGCGCGACGACGGCGUCCCCCGCGGCCGGCGCUCCGAUGGAGGAGGAGGCGGCGGCCGCGAGGGCGGUGGCGUGCGUGGGCAACAGCGCCUUGGCGUGCGUGGCCGGAGGGGGGGGACUGCUGGUGCCUAGCAUCCACCUGGGCGGUCAGGGCGUGGUCCUCCACAGCCUGCCGCUCAUCGUGUCCAGCCAGCCCCACAGAGGCCCCUUGGACCAGCUCCCCACCAGCACGCUCUACACAGACUCAGAAGCACAUAUAGAGGGAAUGUCCCAAUGACUCUGGAUCAGGUGAGGACCUGAGCUGGCAAUGAAAGCCCGAGAGAUUGCUGUCCUAAAGCUAUAUAGAUUGUAUUGCUGCGUCACAGAGAAUGGGUAGAUUUGAUUCUAUGCUUCUCGAUGCUAAAUAGGCCGGGAUUAGACACUUUUCAUGGAUGAGCUCUAAUCCAUGGCAUGAGGUCACGAGCCGUGUGUGGUGUGGAGCAGGGCAUAGGUUCUUCACAGCUUGCCCACUGCAUCUGUCCGUCAACGGACGACAGAAGGCGUGUCUGACGGAUGGGGGAGUGGUGUUUGCAGACGGAGCCAGGAUCUGAUUGGCUGAAGGAUCCGUUGCAGCCUGAAAAGUUACAAUUUUCUCAACUUCUGAACGCAAGAGACGAAGCCGACGGAACGGACGGACCCAUAAUGCAUUUCGGGAUCGCCCCAUGCAAAGGCAAUGAGAUCCGUCAACGGACGGAUGCAGUGGGCAAGGGGUGUUAGGCCUUGUUCACACUACCUCCGUCCAUCGACGGAUCUCAUUGCUUUUGCAUGGGGCCCUCGUGAAAUGCAUUGUGGGUCCGUCCGUCCAUUCGGCUCUGUGGCCUGCGUCAAAAAGUUGAGAAACGUUCAACUUUUCAGGCAGCGCCGGAUCCGGCAGCCAAUCAGAUCACGGUUAUGCAAAUACACUUCACACGUUUCCGGGAUCCAUUUUGCAAUAACAAGCAGGAAGAAGCAGGAAAAAUCUGGCCGUUAUAUAUAUUUUUAAAGAAAUGUGAAAUAAUAGGGUUGUUUGUGUACUCUUUUGUAUUAAUAUUCACACAUCGGCUUUGUAGUGGUAGGCGAUUUAAUUGGCUGCAGUAUGCGUCUACAAAGACUAGUCCCCUAUACGUCAGACACGCCCUCGGCCAUCCGCCGACGGACUCAUGUAGUGUGAACAAGGCGUUGGAGUUAAAGAUGAAUGCAUUGGGAAUACAGAUGAUACAGCUUGGUCUUGUUGUCAGAAUAUCAUUGUGCUUAAGAACAAAUAACUUAAGUUAUUCAGUGCUAGCCAUAUAUUCAAUAUGGUUAUUCAUGUGGGUGAACUUUUUUUUUACAGAAUAUCAAACAAUGUUGUUCGCCUUGUAUAUUGUCAUUUUUUAAGCCAUUUGACAUUUAAAUGUGAAAUAUGAUAUUUUUCCAACCUCUUGGACGAAUACAAUAAAUAAAUUAUAAUAACAA